AUGUUUGUUGCAGCAAGCAGUAUUGAGGAAAUUGCAGCACAUACACCAACUGUCAUCGAGUACUCGAGUGAUACAAGCUUAGAGGACUACUCGUGUGUCAACACUUGGACUGUGAAGGGAUUGAAGAGACUGUGCGUAGGAACAAGUAUUGAGUCGGCUGUCUUAACCCAUCAGAAUUCCAGCAAAUGGUGCAUGGUCCUUACGAAGACAUCCAACGAACUUCAUUUAUGUUUUUUGCUAAAAAAGAGUGAAACUAAUAAGGUACUGAGAGCAAAGCUGAAAGCUGACGAGAUUCUCCCAAAUGGUGCAAUACGUGAAGCAUUUCCAUGCAAAUGGUAUAACUUGAAGGAAGGAGAGAAAUCAGAAACACGGGUCAUUAGGAAAACAGACACAGCUGGACAGAACUACAGUGAAAAUGAGAUAGUACUAAAGUGUGAAGUAUGCAUACAGUACAUUAUUCAGGACGAGCUGCCAGUGGCAAAUGCAGCAGAACCAAACGCUAGUAUAGUGAGGGAUCUGGAUGAGAUGUUGCACAAAGCAGUCCACACAGACUUUGAGCUGCACGCAGAAGGUAAUGUUCUGAAAGUACACAGAGCCCUACUGUCAGUACGGAGCCCAUACUUUGCUGCCAUGCUGCAGCCUCACACAAAGGAAGCAAAGGAUGGUUGUGUGGAGGUGACGGAUGUGAAGCUGGAAGUACUGAAGCAGGUUCUGUUGUUUAUGUACACGGGUGUAGCUCCGGCUCUCAGCAGCAUGUCAUGGGAUCUGUUGACAGCUGCGGAUACGUACCAGCUGCGGCAGCUGAAGCGCCAGUGCGAGACCCAUAUCGCCAGCUGUUUGAAUGUGGACAACGCUGCCGCAACUGCACUCUACGCCUCUGUUUUCUCCUGCGACCUGCUGUGGGAUCGUGCUAUCCUCUUCAUCAAGCGCAACCUCUGCCACGUGAUGCGCACCGUUGGGUGGGCUGAGACUGUAGCUGCACAUCCGGAAGUCAUACAGCGUAUCAGCGAGAUGAUGGAAUGA